CGGGUAUCAACCCACGUGAGGCACCAGAACCCAUUCUCCCCAGAUGCUCAGGGUUCAGAUCUUGGGGCCCCGAGCGCUGCUCCUGCUGCUCUCGGGGGCCCUGGCGCUGAACGAGACCUGGGCUGGUACGCACACCCUGAAAAUUUUCAGCACCGCGAUGCAAGGACCCGGCCCUGCGAAGUACCGGUACAUCAGCGCUGGCUACGUGGACAACACAGAGGUCGCACGCUUCGACAGCCACACCCCGAACGCGCGCAUGGAGCCGCGGGUGCCCUGGCUGGAGCAGCCGUGGGUGCUGGACGUACCGGACUACUGGGACGAGGGGACACGUUUUUGCCAGCGCGAGGCACAGAUUAACGAAGGGAACCUGAACAAGCUGCGCGCCCACUACAACCAGAGCGAGGACGUGUCCCACACUUGGCAGGAAAUGAGCGGCUGCUUCGUGGGAUCUGAUGGACGCUUCCUCCGCGGGUACAGUCGGUUCGCCUACGACGGCACCGACUACUUCGCCCUGAACGAGGACCUGCGCUCCUGGACCGUGGUCAACACGGCGGCCCCGAAAACCUGGCGCAAGUUGGUGGAUCUCCCUGAUGCGGAAGAGAAGAGGUUAUUUCUGGAGAGACUCUGCGUGCACUGGCUUACCCAGCUCCUGGAGAAGGGGAAGGAGUCGCUGCUCAGAGCAGGCCCUCCAGAGACACACCUGACCCACCACCCCCUCUCUGACCAUGAGGUCACCCUGAGGUGCUGGGCCCUGGGCUUCUACCCUGCUGACGACAUCACCCUGACCUGGUGGCGUGAAGGGGAGGAUCUGACCCAGGAUGUGGAGCUGGUGGAGACCAGGCCUGCAGGGGACGGGACCUUCCAGAAGUGGGCAGCCGUGGUUGUGCCCCCUGGAGAGGAGCAGAAAUACAUGUGCCAUGUGCAGCACCCAGGGCUACUCGAGCCCCUGAUCCUGAGAUGGGAGCCCCCUCCUCAGACCACCAUCAUCAUCGUGGGCAUCACUGCUGCCCUGGGUCUCCUUGUAGCUGUGGUCACUGCAGCUGUGCUGUGGAGGAGGAAGUGCUCAGGCAGAGGCAGGAAGAGAUACACUCAGGCUGCCUGCAGCCACAGUGCCCAGAGCUCUGAUGUGUCUCUCACGGCUCCUGAUGAGCUGCUUUCUACGGAACCUGCUGCUGAAACAGUCACUGCUGCCUCACUUUGAGAUUAUGAAUCCCUGACUGCUGUUUCUUCACCCGGUAUCUGAACUUGUUUACAUCACAUUAAAAUUAGCUAUAUAUUUA